CCGCGACCUAGCCCUUCACAGCCACUAUAGCCUGAGCCGGACAACCUUGCAGAGGAAAUGCACCGGAGGAGACCACAGAUAGCCAGUCUGUGAGUGAUACUCGGACUGUCCACCUCAAACACUACAAUGAAGCCGACAGAUUUCAAGCCGCUGGAUGAUGACCUGAGUGAAGAGUUGCGGGCAUCGUGUCGCCCUGGGCUGAUGCCCAUGGCGGGUGUGAUGGUGUCGCCCCCAGGCACUGCCAUGCCCGAGGAGUUCAAACUGUACGCUGAACGUCUACGAGACUUUGAGGUGCGCCCUGACGACACUUGGGUCAUCUCAUACCCCAAAUGUGGAACUACCUGGACGCAAGAAAUGGUUUGGCUCAUUGGCAACAACUGCGACUUUGAUGCCGCGUCUGACAAGCUUCUUCUACAACGGUUCCCCUUCCUUGAGGCUGUCAGUAUCAUCCCACAGCCAGAAGUCGAUGAGCAAGCCCAGUUCCUGGAUGAACACGUUUUGUUUGCAGACACCAUCCAGUUUGUGGAGGAACUCCCGUCUCCAAGGUUCAUCAAGAGCCAUCUUCCCGUCGAGCUCCUGCCCAAGCAAAUCUGGACUAAGAAACCCAAGAUAAUUUAUGUGACUAGGAACCCUAUGGAUGCUGCCAUUUCGUAUUACCACCACCAUCGACUUUGGAAUGGUUAUGUUGGAUCAUAUGAAACCUUUAUGGAGGGAUUUCUCAAUGAUAAAUUGGUCUACAGCCCUUUCUGGAACCAUGUAUUGGAAUACAAGAAAUUGGAAAAUCAAGAACAUGUCCUGAUAAUAUCGUUUGAAGAAAUGAAAAGAGAUCUCAAAUCAGUUAUCCAACAAACAUCUGAUUUCCUGGGGAAGACAUUGACUGCAGAACAGAUUGUAGAGUUGUCAGAACAUCUGAGCUUCUCCAACAUGAAGAACAACCCGGCCAUCAACGGAGAAGACUUCAUCAAGGAGGUGAAGGAGAAACACGACAUGCCAGAGGACGACCCGGAGCUGACCUUCAUCAGGAAGGGACAAGUCGGAGGCUGGAAGAAGGAGUUGCCACAUCACUUUGUGGAGAAGUUCAAGUCUUGGACGAAGGAGAAACUCAGAGGGACGACUUAUACAGAGGAAGACUUCUAUUUGACCCAGUGAUCAGUGAUUGCACACAGCAGCAUCACCUCAAAAGACAACUAGACAAGAUAGUUUGUGUCGUAUUUGAAUGGACUUGAACCAGUUGUGGCGAUCAGGUGGGGGAAGCUCACCCCCCACAUUUACAGGAAUACAGAAUAUCAUAGACACCUGCAGGAAUUUUCUUCAGGUGGUAAACCAAUAUCUACUAGUGAAUGGAGGAAAAGGCCUUGCUCCACAAACAAAUUGAUAUGAAACACUUUAAAACAUAAUUGUUGUAUUUAUAAUAGCCAGACUUAACAUUUUAAGUUUUACUUUUGGAGACUUAAAAUAUUUAAAUUAAAUUGAAAUAUCAGUCUUACAUAAAGCCGCGUUUACACAAGGACAGUUAGGACAGGAGGACAGCAGGCAGGUUACUUGCCUCUAAUGUAUUUCAAGUUACCUGCCAACUGUCGUGUAAAUGCGGCUUAGUUAAAAAAUAUUUUUAGUAUUUAUGUAAACAUACAAGAAUUUACUGUCUGAUUUGAGGUUAUUUUCUUUGGAACAUCUGGUCCGUGACAGCUUAUUCAAUUUUUUUCCAUCCUAAUUAAAUUUUGGCAACUCAUCUGCUCUCUUGGCUAAAACCAUUGUACCUUCACUUCAACAAAUAGACUCUUUAAAAAUACUGCACAAGAAUCAAAAUGCAAAUACGUAGGUCUACUAGUUUAUUAUUGUUAGAUUAGCUAUAUUUUGUACUAUUUUGUUUAUUUAUUGUUAUUGUAAUUAUCAUUGUAUAUUAUUCAAAUAUAAAUUUGUAUAAUUCAAAUGUUAGUUUAAAGAUAAAUUAGGGAAAACAUUCGUAUUGUAUAUUGUAAGAUGUGAACAAUGUUAGUUAUUAUAACAAGUUAUUUUAAGUUAAGUUAUUAACUUAUUAAGUUUCAAUUACUUUGAUAUGUACUUAUUAUAUUUUUAAUACAAGCUCACAAUUUAAACUUUGUGCAUAAUUACAUCAACAUAAUCAUGUCAAACAUAAUAAUGUUUCAAAAUAUAAUAAAAAGGUAAUAGGGUGAAUUAUACUUCUAUCAAAUAAAAAGUAGUACUGUCUUAA